AAAUAUUUAUUUUUAUCAAUUAUAAUGGAGUGAAGUUGGUUCCGAUGAUGAACGUAAUCAUUUUUUAAAAUAAUUUGUCUCGAAACAUUUACAAAAUAUGAAAAUUGUGUGAUUGAAGUUAUUGAGGACUUUGCUAUAUACAAUAAAUAGAGAACUUUAAAAUAGCUCAGAUGGAGCAUGCUGACGAUACCGAUGUCGACAUUGAACAGUUUCAACCAAGUUCUACGAAGCACACGGAUGAUGGGAAGGAAUCAUUGGAAUAUAAUUGCAAAUACUGUGAUAUGUCAUUCUCCUGCGUUGAAGAGCACAUUCGCGAGUUUCAUGAAAAUGAAGAUGUAAUAGUGGAAGUAGUUGAGGAUGAAGUCACUUGCAGUUAUGGCUUCGAAGAAAUUGUCGACACUGAAGAGCUUUCGGCGGAGGACGAAUCGAAUGAAUUCAAUUGCAACAUUUGCUCCACUAAAUUAAGAAGUUCGAGAAGCUUAAAAAUGCAUAUGCGAAUACAUGGUGUUAAGAUAGCUAAUACAGGCACAACCAGAAAUGAAACGCAUUUCCUUUGUGAUAUAUGCAACCGGAGCUUCAAGAGUGACGAGCAUUUGCAACUUCAUUUGAGUGCUCAUGGAACCACCGCGACUGAAGAUGAUACCACUAGCAGUGUACAUUCUACCAACCAGAUCGGUUAUCCGUGUACAUACUGUGGAAAACGAUUCAAACGGCCUUACGAGAAAGUAAAACAUGAGCGGAUCCAUACCGGCGAAAAACCAUACGCGUGCGACACUUGCGGGAAACGGUUCCGAGUGUCAAACUGUUUAGCGAUUCAUAAGCGCACCCAUGAUGAUUUGAGGCCAUACGUCUGUUCCCAUUGUAAAAAGAGAUUCAAAACUCAAUCCACCUACGACCACCACCUGAAAAUUCACUCAAACGACCGCUGUUAUCAAUGCUCCUUUUGUUCAAAGUCAUUCAAGACGGCAGUCCAACUGAACGGUCACGAGAAAAGCCAUACCAAGCCAUUCUCCUGCUCGGAAUGCAAUCGCCCAUUUGGAUCGCUAUACGCUGUACGGAAGCACAUGGAGAUACACCUGCAGGCAAGCAACAAACUUAGUCAUUGCUGUACUAUUUGCGGGGCCAAUUAUGCAAGGGAAUUCGCUCUACGUGAUCAUCGGAAGCAGCAACACGGAAUCGUCGACCAGCAGCCUGAUGAUGUUGAGAUUGACGAGAAUAGUAGCGAAAUUGUGGAAACCAGCACAGCGACGGUAUUGUUUGAAGAAUGCGAAGAAAUAAUAGAAGAGGAGAUGCUGUUUUGAA